CCCACUUCUAAUCUGCAGCGUUCAGGCUGUCCCUUCUUGGCUGGGAAGGGAGCUGCAGAAACGACACUGAGGACUGGCCCCUUCGAGAGCUGUGCCUACUGAGCUAACGGGGGUCUCAGGCUAGGGGGCGUCAACAUGGGCCACCCCCAGAGCAGCUCCCUGCAGCUUGGAUUGUCUGCACCCUUUCCGAGGCCCUGAGUCGUCAGGCCCCGGGCUCAUCAAGGUCCCGAGUGGGAGCCGCGCUGUGGGAGGCUGCCCAGACCGCACCUGCAAACAUGGCGCUGCUGAAAAUCAAGUUUGACCAGAAGAAGCGGGUCAAGUUGGCCCAAGGGCUCUGGCUCAUGAACUGGCUCUGCGUGUUGGCUGGCAUCGUCACCUUCAGCCUAGGGCUGUUCCUGAAGAUCGAACUCCGGAAGAGGAGCGACGUGAUGGACAGUUCAGAGAGCCACUUUGUGCCCAACUCCUUGAUAGGGAUGGGAGUGCUGUCCUGUGUCAUCAACUCUCUGGCUGGCAAGAUCUGUUAUGAUGCCCUGGACCCUGCCAAGUAUGCCAAGUGGAAGCCCUGGGUGAAGCCAUACCUGGCCGCCUGCGUCCUCGUCAACGCUGUCCUCUUCCUGGUGGCCCUCGGCUGCUUCCUCCUGCGGGGCUCCCUGGAGAGCACCCUGGCGCACGGGCUCAAGAGCGGCAUGAAGUACUACCGGGACACAGACACGCCCGGCAGGUGCUUCAUGAAGAAGACCAUCGACAUGCUGCAGAUCGAGUUCAAGUGCUGCGGCAACAACGGCUUUCGGGACUGGUUUGAGAUUCAGUGGAUCAGUAACCGCUACCUGGACUUCUCCUCCAAAGAAGUCAAAGAUCGCAUCAAGAGCAACGUGGAUGGGCGGUACCUGGUGGAUGGCGUCCCCUUCAGCUGCUGCAACCCCAGCUCUCCGCGGCCCUGCAUCCAGUACCAGCUCACCAACAACUCGGCACACUACAGCUACGACCACCAGACGGAGGAGCUCAACCUGUGGGUGCGAGGCUGCAGGGCUGCCCUGCUGAGCUACUACAGCAGCCUCAUGAACUCCAUGGGUGCUGUCACGCUCCUCGUCUGGCUCCUUGAAGUGACCGUCACGAUUGGCCUGCGCUACCUACACACUGCACUGGAGAGCGUGUCCGACCCCGAAGAAGCAGAGGGCGAGAGUGAGGGCUGGCUGCUGGAGAAGAGCGUGCCGGAGACCUGGAAGGCCUUUCUGGAGAGCGUGAAAACGCUGGGCAAGAGCAACCAGGUGGAAGCCGAAGGCGCAGACACAGGCCAGGCCCCCGAGGCUGGCUGAGGGCCCCAGGUCCUCUCCCUCCCCAGCACUGAGUAGUGGACUCCAAGAAAUGCGGAUACCCCUCCUUGGCCAAUCUGAGUCUCCCAAGGAGGGUGGCCAUUUCACAGAGACUCUCCUUGAUGGUGGGAUUGAAAGUUUAGGGUUCCUGAAAGCAUUUGGCAAACAUUUGUUGACGGACU